AUGGCGGUGGAGACUCUGUCCCCGGACUGGGAGUUCGACCGCGUGGAUGACGGCUCGCAGAAAAUUCAUGCAGAAGUUCAGCUUAAGAAUUAUGGGAAAUUUCUUGAGGAGUAUACGUCUCAAUUGAGAAGAAUUGAGGAUGCACUGGAUGAUUCAAUUGGAGAUGUCUGGGAUUUCAAUCUUGAUCCUAUAGCAUUAAAGCUUUUGCCUUAUGAACAAUCUUCCCUUUUGGAACUUAUAAAGACUGAAAACAAGGUCUUAAACAAAGUCAUCACAGUUUAUGCUGCACUUUGUUGUGAAAUCAAGAAAUUAAAAUAUGAGGCUGAAACUAAAUUUUAUAAUGGUCUCUUGUUCUAUGGAGAAGGAGCCACAGAUUCUAGUAUGGUGGAAGGUGACUGCCAAAUUCAAAUGGGGAGAUUUAUUUCAUUCUUACAGGAACUGUCUUGUUUUGUUACGAGGUGCUAUGAAGUGGUGAUGAAUGUAGUCCAUCAGUUGGCUGUCCUCUAUAUCAAUAACAAGGUUGCACCCAAAAUUAUAGAGACAACUGGAGUUCAUUUUCAGACUAUGUAUGAGCACUUGGGAGAACUGUUAACAGUUUUGCUUACCCUGGAUGAAAUUAUUGAUAAUCAUAUCACAUUAAAAGACCACUGGACUAUGUACAAAAGGUUACUGAAAUCUGUCCAUCACAAUCCUUCAAAAUUUGGAAUUCAGGAAGAAAAACUAAAGCCAUUUGAAAAGUUCUUGCUGAAGCUAGAAGGGCAGUUACUUGAUGGAAUGAUAUUUCAGGCCUGUAUAGAGCAGCAGUUUGAUUCUCUCAAUGGAGGAGUAUCUGUGUCAAAAAAUAGCACUUUUGCAGAAGAAUUUGCACAUAGUAUUCGCUCAAUUUUUGCAAAUGUUGAAGCCAGACUUGGAGAGCCUUCUGAAAUUGACCAGAGAGACAAGUAUAUUGGAAUUUGUGGACUGUUUGUACUACAUUUUCAAAUUUUUCGAACUAUUGAUAAAAAGUUUUAUAAGUCAUUAUUGGACAUUUGUAAGAAGGUACCAGCCAUCACUUUAACUGCUAAUAUUAUUUGGUUUCCUGAUAAUUUUUUGAUCCAGAAAAUACCAGCAGCUGCCAAACUUCUAGAUAGAAAAAGUCUUCAAGCCAUUAAAAUACACAGAGAUACUUUCCUACAGCAGAAAGCUCAAUCACUUACCAAAGAUGUACAGUCUUACUACGUCUUUGUGAGCUCAUGGAUGAUGAAAAUGGAAUCUAUUUUAUCUAAAGAGCAGAGAAUGGAUAAAUUUGCUGAAGACCUCACCAGUAGAUGUAAUGUUUUUAUACAGGGCUUCUUAUAUGCAUACAGUAUUAGUAAUAUUAUUAAAACCACAAUGAAUCUCUACAUGUCCAUGCAAAAGCCAAUGACCAAAACCUCAGUUAAGGCAUUAUGCAGGCUUGUUGAACUUCUCAAGGCCAUAGAACAUAUGUUCUACAGGAGAAGCAUGGUUGUGGCUGAUUCAGUUUCACAUAUAACACAGCACCUUCAACAUCAGGCUCUAAAUUCCAUUUCUGUGGCCAAGAAAAGAGUAAUUUCUGACAAAAAAUAUAGCGAACAGCGUCUUGAUGUGCUCUCUGCUUUAGUUUUGGCUGAAAACACUCUAAAUGGACCAAGCACAAAGCAGAGACGCCUUAUUAUUUCUUUGGCACUCAGUGUUGGCACACAAUUGAAAACAUUUAAAGAUGAAGAACUCUUUCCACUUCAAGUAGUCUUGAAAAAGCUGGAUCUUAUCAGUGAACUUAGAGAAAGAGUGCAAGCGCAGUGCAACUGUUGUUUUUUAUACUGGCAUCGAGCUGUCUUCCCAAUUUAUUUAGAUGACGUAUAUGAAAAUGCUGUUGAUGCAGCCAGAUUACAUUACAUGUUCAGUGCUUUACGGGACUGUGUACCUGCUAUGAUGCAUUCAAGACAUUUAGAGUCCUAUGAAAUACUUCUGGAUUGCUAUGACAAGGAAAUUAUGGAAAUUUUAAAUGAGCACUUGCUGGACAAGUUGUGCAAAGAAAUAGAGAAGGAUCUGCGACUUUCUGUGCAUACUCAUUUAAAGCUGGAUGACCGAAACCCUUUCAAAGUUGGCAUGAAAGACCUGGCCCUUUUUUUCUCUCUGAAUCCAAUUCGCUUUUUCAAUCGUUUCAUUGACAUUCGAGCUUAUGUAACUCAUUACCUAGAUAAGACAUUCUACAAUCUUACAACAGUAGCUCUUCAUGAUUGGGCCACUUACAGUGAAAUGAGAAAUUUAGCUACUCAGCGCUAUGGAUUGGUUAUGACAGAGGCACAUCUUCCUAGUCAGACUCUGGAACAGGGCCUGGAUGUUUUAGAAAUUAUGAGAAACAUUCAUAUAUUUGUGUCUCGAUACCUCUAUAAUCUCAACAAUCAGAUUUUUAUUGAACGAACAAGCAAUAACAAACAUUUGAACACUAUUAAUAUUCGGCAUAUUGCUAAUUCAAUUCGAACACAUGGCACGGGAAUCAUGAAUACAACAGUUAAUUUCACAUACCAGUUUUUGAAAAAGAAGUUCUAUAUAUUUAGCCAGUUUAUGUAUGAUGAACAUAUCAAAUCCAGAUUGAUUAAAGACAUUCGAUUUUUCAGGGAAAUCAAGGACCAAAAUGAUCAUAAGUAUCCAUUUGAAAGGGCAGAAAAAUUCAAUCGAGGCAUCAGAAAACUUGGAAUAACCCCAGAAGGGCAAAGCUACCUUGAUCAGUUCAGGCAACUCAUCAGCCAAAUUGGCAAUGCCAUGGGCUAUGUACGAAUGAUAAGAUCCGGUGGCCUCCAUUGUAGCAGCAAUGCCAUUAGAUUUGUGCCUGAUCUUGAAGAUAUUAUAAAUUUUGAAGAAUUAGUAAAAGAAGAAGGUCUUGCAGAAGAAACAAUAAAAGCAGCAAGGCAUUUGGAUUCAGUCCUUAGUGAUCACACACGAAAUUCUGCUGAAGGCACAGAGUAUUUCAAAAUGCUUGUAGAUGUUUUUGCACCAGAAUUUCGAAGGCCAAAGAAUAUACAUCUCCGAAAUUUCUAUAUCAUUGUUCCCCCCCUGACCCUCAACUUUGUAGAGCAUUCCAUUAGCUGCAAGGAGAAAUUGAAUAAAAAAAAUAAAAUUGGAGCUGCUUUUACUGAUGAUGGUUUUGCCAUGGGUGUGGCUUACAUUCUAAAGCUUUUGGAUCAGUACCGGGAAUUUGACUCACUUCACUGGUUCCAGUCUGUUAGAGAGAAGUAUCUGAAGGAGAUAAGAGCAGUUGCCAAACAACAGAAUGUGCAGUCAGCUAGUCAAGAUGAAAAACUGCUACAAACCAUGAACCUCACCCAGAAGCGACUGGAUGUCUAUCUACAGGAGUUUGAGUUGCUCUAUUUCUCACUGAGCAGUGCAAGAAUUUUCUUCAGAGCUGACAAGACUGCAGCUGAAGAAAACCAAGAAAAGAAAGAGAAGGAAGAAGAGAUUAAAACAAGCAAUGGAGACCUGGCUGACAGCACUGGGCCUGCAGAUCGUGUUGUCAAAUGA